GGAUGUCCUGUCAUGAAUUAUAUUACGCAUGACGUUAGUGUACAGGCGCUUGUUUGGAUGUGGAGAGUGUAAGGAAAUGUGCUUGACCCGGGACGAAGUGUGAAGAUCAGUGAAGCAGCUUAAAGAUGUCAGCGGUCGUGGUGGUGCACGGUGGGGCGUGGGCCAUACCAGAUGAACUGGCCCAGGCCUCGAUGGACGGCGUAAAGGUCGCAGCACGUGAAGGGUUUUCAGUGCUGAAAACAGGAGGAAGUGCUCUGGAUGCUGUUGAGGCAGCUGUGAGGACUUUGGAAGAUAACAGUGUGUUUAAUGCAGGGCACGGAGCAACUCUAAAUUCUGACGGUGGAGUGGAGCUGGAUGCCAUAAUUAUGGAUGGAAGGACACUUGCCAGUGGUGCGGUGUCUUCAGUGAAGAACAUCGCCAAUCCUGUGUCCCUGGCACGGGCGGUGAUGGAAAAGACUGCCCACUCGAUGUUGACAAGCAGAGGUGCAAACCUGUUCGCAGAGAGCAUCGGCAUGCCCACAGUCCCCACUGAAGCCCUGGUGUCUGAGUAUGAGAGGAAAGAAUGGGAGAAGCACAAGAGUUAUGUCACUGGAGUAAGGGAAGAGUUCAACUCCCAGUGGGUCCAUGAUACUGUUGGGGCAGUUGCUGUGGACAGUGCUGGUAAUGUUGCAUGUGCGACAUCAACUGGAGGGAUCAGAAAUAAAAUGGUGGGCAGAGUGGGAGACUCUCCAAUCAUCGGCUCUGGUGGAUAUGCAGACAACUUCAGUGGUGCGGUCUCUUGUACUGGUCAUGGAGAGUCUAUUCUUAAGGUCACAUUGGCCAGACUCAUUCUUUCACAUGUUGAACAAGGUAAAUCAGUGGCGGAAUCUUCUCAGUUGUCUCUGCAGUACAUGGCAGACCGUGUCCGCGGUGCGGGAGGUUCCAUUGUAGUUUCUCCAUCGGGACAGUGGGCAGCCACAUUUACCACGGAGCGAAUGGCUUGGGCAGCAGUGGAUCAUGAUGCUCUGUGGUAUGGAUUAAACCCAAAGGAAAAAUUUAAAGAGCAGGUGCCCCAGUAGCCAUUUUAACACCGCUUUUAAACCUUAUUUGUGAUACCUUAUUGAGUAAUAAAACGGGAAAACCUAUUUCACGUUUUCUACUAAUUCAUUUUGCAGAGUAUUUGAUAAUGUUGUUUCUAUUCAAAUUAAAUGAUUAUUGUUUUCUUCUUUCUCAUGUCUUAAUACUUUAUGUAUGUAAAGUAAACCAUAAAACUGCAUAUGGAGAAGAUGGACAUUAGAGUAUAAAGUCUCUAAUGUUAUGUUAUUUGAGCAGCUGGUACAUACUUUGAGUGAGUAUUUCUUAUCACCUGAAUUCUGGAUUCAGUGUCACAUAUGUAAAACAGGAUAUCUGAUCUGUUUGAUUAAAGUGUCUUUAACUCUG